AUGGAUUCAUCAGCUGGUUCUCUAAACUUAGCUCAUGAUGAUAGAGCUACUGUACUCAUCGGUGUAGUCUGUCUUGUAUGCACCGUUGCUACAGCUGCCAUAGGACUUCGAUUCUAUACUCGUUCCUGUAUGCUCAAACAAGUCGGUGUCGACGACUAUCUGGUAUUAGCAGCAUGGGUAUUUGCUCUGGCAACAGGAAUUUCCCAAUGUACAAACACACGUAACGGACUUGGUAAGCAUGUGUGGGAUCUGGAGAGCGACGUACAACGUAGGAAUUAUCUAAAGGGCUUUUAUGUCUCCAUUGCGCUUUACAAUACGGGACUUAUGUUCGUAAAGUUGACGUUCUUGACACAGUACUACCGGGUACUUGCUAUCAAGAAGAUGCGAACGACAUUGAUAAUCGCCAUGGUAUUAAUUGGCUGUUGGUCUAUGUCCCAAAUUGCUGUCGGUAUCUUUAUCUGCGAUCCUGUUUCCGGGUUCUGGGAGAAAUCGGCUGGGUCUUGUAUAGGAAACUACCCUCAAUGGUACAUCAACGCAGCGGGAAACAUUGCAACUGAUAUUGCAAUAUUUGUGUUGCCAUUGCCGGUUCUCAGACAUCUACAUUUACCCAAGGCUCAGCGACUUGUCCUUAUUGGGAUCUUUAGCUUCGGCUUCUUCACAUGUGCGAUUUCCGUCAUCCGCAUCAAAUUUCUCCAGCUCGGAGGUGACUUUUCAUACGAAAACGUUGAGGGAUCUAGUUGGUCUAUCACAGAGUUAUGCUCGGGCAUCAUCUGUGCAUGCCUACCUACACUACGACCUCUAGUUUCAAAGUGGAUUCCCGCCCUCUCGAAUCGCCUACAUAAACCGGCAAGGAACUCGUGUAUGGUAGGCGCUGAGAGAGGGAGCGGACAUAUGCGUGGGAACUCGGACGCAAGCAGAAUGUCGAACAUGAAAGGAAAGGAUGAAUUCUUCUAUUACCUUGGCAUGCAGGGACGCCUUAGUGAUAGUCUGGAAAGUUCAGACGGCUCAUUGGAAGCUGGGAGAGCGCGUGAAAGCUUGUCUAGCUACGGAGGAAGUUCGCCAACCCCGCCUCCGUGUGCUCAUAUCGCAACUCGCACUUCUCAUAAGCCGACGGCUUAUUACAAUUGGAUGAAGUCGUCCGUUACGACGGAAAUUGGCACAGGUGGUCGAGAAAACCAGCAAGAUUCUAACAAGAAUCUUUCCACCACUGCUAUCCAGGUCCAGCGUGACGUGGUAAUGCAGUAA